AUAAAUAAAUUCCUAUAAUGAGACUCGGGUAAAUGCCACUGGGGGGUGAGUGGUCCAACACGGUCAAUUUUCUUGGUUACCGUGAGCUACUGCCUACGGAGCUACUACUCCGUAUUGACGUCCACUCAAUAUAAUACGGCUUGGAAAGAAGCGAGCGGCUCACUUCUUCGCAGCGGUUCGAUCUGUCAACACCCGGGACCAAGCCUCGCUACUUCUUUGAAUGUGUAGUAACAGAUGGCGGCUGCCGUAAAGUCGUGUUUCGUACUUAUUGGUUACACUAUCAUAGUGACAGGCGCCCUCUUUCCCGGCCCUCUCAGUGACAGCGAGGUUUUCAAAAAUGGACCAGGAGCACUGAAAUCCGUCCUCACAGACGCGUUACAACCCCAUUGCUCCGUGGCCUUCUUCACCGAUCAUGGUACCUUGGCGAGAAAACUUUAUUCAUUGAUGGAUUAUCUGCAAGACUAUCUCUCGGUGGCGGUGUUCGAGGUGGCAGUGGACGGCCAGGACGCUAACGUGACGCAAACGCAGCUCUCCCGGGUGGUCGACGAAGCUCAGCGGCUGCGGCAGGUGUCAUGGUGCGUGACGGUGGUGGUGGUGAGCGACGACCCAGCCUUCCUUGCAGCCUUCGCCGAGCGGUCCCUCAAGGGCCGCCUCCUGGUGUGGUCAACGAGGCUCCUCAUAGUGACUCGUCGGCCCCUCCCGGAACUUCACCAAUUGUACAAGCUACUCUCCAUGACCAACUCUAUGCUGCUGAUUUUCGAGAAUAUCUCGAAAUAUGAAAGGUGCAACAUAUACAAUCUCCUGCCCUAUACUUCCGAAGAAGCCCAGGCGUUUCAGAUCGCUUCCUGGACACCCCAAGCAGGCCUAGUUCUCACCACCCACCUUCCGCUCUUUCCUGAUAAGUUUUCCAGGUUUCCUCACCGACCGAAACUCGUGGCAGCAGGUGAAACUUAUCCUGGCCAGACUGCUGAGAUGGCGGACGAUCCUGCCAACCCAGGACAAAAGCGGCUUAUGUUUAAGGGACCUCUGGGUUAUUCAUUGGAAUACAUGGCUAAAUCCAUGAACUUCACGUACACCUAUAUCCUGGACUCUGAUGGGACUUUCAGCACUUUGCUCAACAGGGUGAUCUGGAAGGAGGCAGACAUCGCGUUAGGUCCCUUCGUUAUAAGCAGCAAACGCACUGAAGUGGUUGACUUCCCGUGGCCAAUACACAUAGGGAACUCUAAGAUCCUGGCAGGUCGUGGACAGCCGGAGGUGGACCCGUGGGGCUUCCUCUUGCCCCUGUCACCACUUGUGUGGGCGGCAAUUCUGACGGCUCUGUUGGUGCUGCCUGUGACGGUGUUUCUAUUGUCUUCUUCCUUCUCUCAAGAAACCUUUAGUGGAAGCGUUUGGCUAAAAUUUAUCCUCAAAUAUGUUCGAGUUUUAUUUCAACAGGACGUUUCUUUGUCUGGUGAUUGGUGGUGGCAGCGGGUGGUGUUGGGGGUGUGGAUGUUGAUGACGCUGGUGUUAACACGGAGCUACGCCGGCAACCUCAUGUCCCUCCUGGCCGUGAGACACAUCUCUCAACCUUACCAGACCCUGCACGAUGUAGUGGAGGACUCAGCGGCGAUUAUGAUAUGGAAGGCCAAGACAAUAUAUGUGAAUAUUUUUCGUUCUUCUAACUCUGGGAUAUUCCACGAAGUUGGUGACCUGGAGGAUAAAGGCCGAGUGAUCCUCAAGAGUCACAAAGAGCUCCCCAGCGUCUUGGACACCCUAGUGAGGCGAGGCGACCAUAUCAUCCUCGAUGUAGACGUCAGCAUUUUUAAUCUUAUGUCCCAAGACUUCUCACGCACAGGAAGAUGUGAUUUCUACAAGUCCAGAGCGAGUUACUUUUUCUUCAUUUAUAGUCUCGCUCUCCAGAAAAACAGUCCUCUGACUCCAGGUAUGAGUAAGAGGAUAAUGGACUUAACGGAACAUGGUUUAUACUUAUACUGGUCCAGGUACUCGGGUCCCAACUCAACAAACUGCGAGUUCCCUCCUACAAAAAUUACUAUAAACUCAUCGCUCUCAACAUCCAACCUCUGGGGUAUGUUCGUGGUUCUCGUCGGCGGGCAUGUCACUGGUCUACUGGUCUUGCUCAUGGAGAUUUUCAGUGUUCAUCUUAAGUCCCACAGACACUGGUGUACAUGAUAUCAUCAUCGAGUGACUGACAUAAGAAUCAUGUAAAUCGAUAUAUGCCUCAGUACUUAAAUUUCAACCUAUAUUUAUAUGGUAUGUAACACACACGUGUACAAUUAAUUUUAGUUUAGUAUAUAAUAAAAAGUUAGAAGCAAAACUCCUUCUUCAUUUUCAAUCCAAUCUUCAUGACUUCAACAUACUUCACUUGGCGUUCAAUCUCACUUGUCAGUCACAUACACUAGAAAUUUUUUCCUCAAACUACGCCUCAGUUGCCUACUUCAGCUCCUCAUCAUCCUAUGGA